AUGGACGAAAUCGCCCUCGGCCUCGAGCUCAGCCGGGUCAACUUCAUAUGGGCCGUGGAGUUCACUGAGGACACGGGGUUCUGGUCCCUUCCGGAAGAGUUUUUGAAGAGGGGCCCGUGGAAUGGCCGCGGCUUGGUCAUCGAUGGGUGGGCCCCACUGGCCAAGAUUCUCUGCCACGAAAGCCUCGGGGGAUUCAUGAGCAGCUGCGAAUGGAACUCGGUUAUGGAGUGCGUGAUGUUUGGGGUCCCGGUGGUGGCCCUGCCGAUGGACCUCGACCAGCCGGUCAAUGCUCGGCUGGUGGAGAACUCUGGAGUCGGAGUUGAGGUGCUCCGGGAGGCGGAUGGGAGGCUGCGUAGGGAGGUGCUGGCGGAGGCAAUCCGGCGAGUGGUGGUGGAGGAUGCAGGGGAGGGAGUAAGGCUGGCUGCGGCGGCCAUGCGGGCCGUGCUUGCCGAGAAAAAGGAUGAGGAGAUUCAUGAGGUGGUUAAAGAGCUACUUGGCCUUGUGGACAAUAACUAG